AUGGAAAUCGACGGUCCAAAAUCCAACAAUUCUGAUCAGAUCAAUCCGCGAUACUCAAUCAACGUGUUGCAAUUGCUGAAAUCUGCGCAAAUGCAGCAUGGAUUGAGGCACGGGGAUUAUGCCCGAUAUCGGAGGUAUUGCACUGCACGGUUAAGGAGGUUAUAUAAAUCGUUAAAGUUUACUCAUGGUCGCGGUAAAUAUACACGAAGAGCUAUCAAUGAAUCCACUGUUGCUGAAGUGAGGUAUCUGCAUCUGGUUCUUUAUACAGCAGAGAGAGCAUGGAGCCAUGCCAUGGAGAAACGACAGCUUCUAGAUGGUCCAAAUGCUAAGCAACGUAUUUAUUUGAUUGGGAGACUGAGGAAGGCAGUAAAAUGGGCUGAUCUAUUUUCACGAUUAUGUGCUGCCAAGGGAGAUUCCAGAACAUCUUUAGAAGCGGAGGCCUAUGCAUCAUAUAUGAAUGGGCUUUUGUUGUUUGAACAAGAUCGGAAUUGGGACACCGCAUUGAAGAAUUUUAUAAGUGCCAGAGCUGUUUAUGAGGAACUUGGGAAAUAUGGAGACUUAGAGAAUCAAGUUUUGUGCCGUGAGCGCGUUGAGGAGCUGGAACCGAGUAUUAGAUACUGCCGACACAAAAUUGGCGAGUCAAAUCUGAAAACUUCUGAACUCUUACAAAUUGGUGAGAUGGAAGGUCCUGCCCUAGACCUUUUCAAAGCAAAAUUGGAGGCUGCUAUGGCUGAAGCAAGAUCUCAACAGGCUGCAUCUCUGACAGAGUUUCAUUGGCUUGGUCACAGAUUUCCAAUUUCGAAUGCAAAAACUCGGGUUGCCAUUUUAAAAGCACAAGAAUUGGAGAAGGAUUUGCAUGGUUCUGCAGCAGAUUCACUCCCAGCAGAGAAAAAAUUAGCAGUCUUUGACAAACUUUUUACCGCAUAUCACGAUGCUAGGAGCUCCAUUCGCAGUGACUUGGUCAGUGCUGGUAAUGCCGACAGUGUCAAAGAUGACUUAAAUGGGCUUGAUAAAGCUGUCAGUGCUGUACUAGGACAGCGGACCAUUGAGCGUAACCAGUUGUUGGUUAGCAUUGCCAAGAGUAAACUUAGUAGGCGCCGAGAUGACAAAAAUGAGAAACUUACCAAGCCAGAAGAGCUUGUUCGCUUGUAUGAUCUUUUAUUACAGAAUACAGCUGAUCUUUCUGAUUUAGUUAGUUCUGGAAGAGACCGAAAACCUGAAGAAGUAGCAUUCGCUGAAGACUGUAUUCUUCGAAGUAUGGCUUUCCGAGCGCAAAGGUGCUUCUACUUGGCAAAAUCAUACAGUGCAGCUGGAAAACGAACAGAAGCAUAUGCAUUAUACUGCCAUGCUCGAUCCCUUGCUGAGGAUGCCCUAAAGAAAUUCCAAACCGCAGUGGACACUGAUGAGGUAAUGACCAAAGAGUUGAAAACAUUAUACAACGAGUGCAGAGCGAACAGUUGCAUAGAGCAUGCAACUGGGAUCAUGGAGGAUGAGAAGGCUCCAGAGAAUCUCUCGAAGAAAAUUUCAACGAUAUCACUCAGUGGAGUGGACAAGAAGGUGGAGAAAUUCCUACUUGAGAAACUUGAUGUCUACGAGUCUGCAGUUGGCGAACCCAAUGUCAAGAGUGUUCCCUGCAUUGAAGUCUUCCCUCCAGCUUUCCAAUCGAUUUCUCGAAAUCCUAUUGUUCUAGACCUUGCCUAUAACUGUAUUGAUUUCCCUUCUCUAGAAAACCGGAUGAAGAAGGACAAGAAGGGCUUCAUAAGUAGGCUCUGGCGAUGA